AUGGCAGAUUCCGAUAGCUGGAUACUUUCCAGAGAUUUCAUCUUUGCAGGAAUAGGGUUCGACAAGAAAAGAAAGGGACUAAAACGCAUGAAUGAAUUUGAUUCCAACUACUGGAAACAUGCCUCUGAGAUGGCUUCAUAUGCAAAACAACGAACAGAAUCAGGACUCCAGAUUCUGGCAAACACGUGUAUCGCAGAUGAAAUUUGUACUCUACGAAAGUCUCCCUGCGAGCACAAUGUCGCUACGUUUUUGAUGGAAGAGGAUGCAAGGGUUUGGGAAAUCAAAGCAAGGAUUUACAAGCACCGGGCUACAGACUUCGAACCUGCUCAGAACACUCCCUUUGCAUACCCUACUCUCGGAAUAAACAAUACAGCGAUAAUGGCAGAACGACGAGACCCAAAGUUAAUGUCAGAAUUCAGGGGCAAGAUUACAGACCAUUAUAACAUGCAAUGUCCUACAUCCAACAAUUGUAUUUGGGACAUCGUCUCAAACCGGUACAUAGGUGGAUGUUACCUUGAAACAACACAGCUCUUCUCCCGGAAAUACAAUCAAACUACAAUGACCGCUAUAUUCGGCCCAAAGGCAUCAGAAGACCUAUUCUCCGCAUUAAACGGGCUUCUCAUGGGGAUUACAUGCGAAGAUGCGUUCGAAGGCGGUAUUUUGGCAAUUGUACCAGAUAUCGACGAUCCAACUUCAAAGAUAGAGGUGGUAUUGUGGCAGAGCCAGAGUUUUCGCGAGUACAAGGUCAGGAUAUUUGAUAACGGUCAGCCUGAUAUGUGUGACAUACCUUUUGAUAUUUACUGCAAUGGCGACGAAGAUAUCAUCCUCAGUGUCGAACUCAGAGAUCUAAACGAUUGGAAACUCAAAUUCCCAACUCCUUCCCGGCCCGCAGAACGCUACCUGUUCUUCCGUUACUGCUGCCACAUUCUAAGACGAGUUUGGCACAUAACCAACUACAAUACAGCAACGCCCAAGGCCCAGCUGGGAACAUGGCUCUGGGGCGCAACAGGCAAAUACGUCCCCCGCGACCAAAUGUGA